CACCACCGGCGCAACAUCACACCGAGCUUUCAUCAGACCUCCCCGGAGCCGUUCUCACCUCGUCUGGACCUCUUCUGACUUAUUAUUUCAACAGAUCACAAUUAGAGAUGGCUUUGAGGGGACCGAUCUUCCGUCUUCUCAGAUCCCAGCUGGGCCACACUCACCAGCAAAGCAGAGCUCAGUCUGUGGCGGUGCUGGGAGCUCCGUUUUCAAGGGGACAGAAAAAGCGCGGCGUGGAGCACGGCCCCAAAGUGAUCAGAGAUGCCGGGCUCAUCGAGAGGCUGUCCAGUUUAGACUACUCCGUCCACGACUUUGGCGAUCUGAGUUUCCACUACCCCGAGAAGGAUGAGCCCUACAUGGACGUGAACUUCCCUCUCUCUGUUGGCGGGGCGAACAAAAUGUUGGCCGGAGCGGUGAGCGGCGCCGUCGGAGCCGGUCACACCGUGGUCAUGCUGGGAGGCGACCACAGCCUCGCUCUCGGAUCGGCGGCCGGUCAUGCCCGGCAGUGCCCUGACCUGUGUCUAAUCUGGGUUGAUGCUCAUCCAGAUUUAAACACGCCCAUGAGUUCUCCGUCGGGAAACUUCCACGGGCAGCCUGUGACGUUCAUGCUCAAAGAGCUGCAAGGCAAGGUGCCAGAGAUCCGCGGCUUCUCCUGGGUCAAGCCCUUCCUCUCCUCCAGAGACCUGGUGUACAUCGGCCUGCGCGACGUGGACCCUGGAGAGUACCAGAUCAUGAAGGCGCUGGGGAUCCAGUACUUCAGCAUGAGGGACAUUGACAGACUCGGCAUCCAGAGAGUCAUGGAAGUCACUUUUGACCACCUUCUGGCGAGGUAG